GGGCACAAACAACCCCUUCAUUCGCGGAGGGACGCGGCCCAAGGAAGGGUGGGGGUGCGGGGGGGUUGGCAGCCGGCUGCCCCUCAGCCGCCCCGGCAGCGCCUUCCGUCCCCUCCCGCCGCGCUUCCCUGCGCUUCCCGGUAGAGCGACUCUUCCAAGGCAGGAGCCGGCGUCCUCCUCACUAGGUGCCUCUCUCCUCUGGCUCUGCACCCUGGAGAUGGCAGCACCCAAGGUCGCAGUGGUUGGAGCAGGAGUCAUUGGCCUCUCCACAGCACUGUGCAUCACAGAGACCUGCCCCAGUUGCUCUCUCACCAUCCUCUCAGACCAGUUCAGCCCCAACACAACAAGCGACGUCGCAGCUGGGAUGCUCAUCCCUCAUGUCUACCCAGAGACACCAACUCACGUGCAGAAGCAGUGGUUCAAAGAGACCUUCACUUACCUUUUUGCCAUCAGCAACUCGGCUGAGGCAUCAGAAGCUGGAAUUCACCUGGUCUCUGGGUGGCAGAUCUUUAAAAACACUCCCAAAGAAGAGUUGCCUUUCUGGUCAGAUGUUGUCCUGGGAUUUCGACCAAUGACCAAAGCAGAACUCCAGAAGUUUCCACAGCACCAAUUUGGUCAGGCCUUUACAACUCUGAAAUGUGACUGUCCCCCAUACCUCCUAUGGCUGGAGAAAAGGUUGAAAGCAACAGGCAUCCAGAUGCACAACAGAAAAGUUGCAGACCUGUGGGAGCUGCACAGUGAAUAUAACGUGGUCGUCAACUGUGCAGGCACUGGAGCCCGCCAACUGCUGGGGGACAAGGAACUCUUCCCUGUUAGGGGUCAAGUACUCAAGGUUCAUGCUCCUUGGGUGAAAAACUUCAUCCGUGAUGGGGAUGGCUUAACUUACAUCUACCCAGGGAUACACAGUGUAACCCUAGGGGGAACCAGGGAAAAGGAGAGCUGGAGUCUCUCCCCUGAUGCUGGCACUACCAAAGACAUCUUUGACAGGUGCUGCUCCCUUGAGCCCUCACUGCAGGGAGCUAAGGAGAUGGAGGUGAAGGUGGGCCUGAGACCAUCCAGGCAAUGUGUGAGGCUGCAGAGAGAGGUCUUGAGUCAAGGUGGGGUUAAGCUCCUGCUGGUCCACAACUACGGGCACGGGGCAGGUGGCUUUUCAGUGCACUGGGGCACAGCCAAAGAGGCUGCUCACCUGGUGAGAGAGUGCAUUGCUGCCCUGCAGGACUCCUCUGCAAGAGCCAAGCUUUGAAUCCCAGAGGCUCAUUUUCCAUUUGUGGUAGUGUUGCAUCUCCUAGUAGCAGCUUUGGACUUUCAUUCCAUUACUGGAUAGAAGGAACCUAAGACAACAGCUUGUGCCAUUGCAGAUGCUCUGUGUAAUCUCAUGUGGCUUCCAGCUGCCUCUUUGGAAAGACAUGAUGGGUUGAUCCAGUAUUAGUACAGGUGUCCUCCAUCUGGCAUUGUUCCUGCCCUGGGCAUUUCUUCUAGCAAGAAGGCAAGAUAGGUAAAUAUUCUUCAACCUGGGUCAGAUGCUGCAGUAUAGUAACAUUAGCAUCAAUUUAGCAGCUUGUUAUGUGCACGUAAAGGGUAUUGGAUGCACUAUGUUCAAAUUCAGUAAAACAAGUUCGCUUGAGCCAAAUCUAAUAUUGUAUUGCUCUUUCUCCUGCCAUCUUGCUGACAAAAUACCAUUUUCCAUGUGAUUUACAAGUAAAAGAUAACCCCCCACAGUGCUGCAUUACAGUGUUCCAGGUCAGUUCCUACAGAAAGCAAUGUCAGGUCACUGUCACACAUGGUGACCAGACAAGCAUGAUUUUAAAAGCUGGUCUAAAAGCUGAUUACUUUGUUUGCUCAUAAUAUACCUCAGGGAACUUAACACAAGUUUUCUGCAAGAGGAAGUUGCCCCCUGCGAGCUACAGUUUUGUGCAUCUUUUUUCAGACUUGUUUGCAAGUUUUUUGGUUUUUUUUUUUUCCCCCAAGCCCCUCAGAUUUUGUCCUCAAAUACAGAUGAUUACACACACACUAGCAGCAUUGACAUGGCCUGUGUUCUACAGGAGAGGAUUUUUCAGGGUGGGCUUUGGAGCACAAGCAUCUCUCUACUACUUGGCACCGACACCAGCUGCUUGCCUUGCAGCAGCUGAUAUGAAUCAGUCAGUAACAAGAUAACAAGGAUCUUAGCACCAGCACCAGUUUCAUAAGGGAGAGGAGAACCAUUUAAGCCUAGAUAAGCACUCUGAAGCUGAAUUUGUCUGUAGCUGGAAGUGAGCAAGCUCCUCUGCCACAAGGAAGCUGAGCCAGCUCAGAGCCUCACCCCGUGGCAGAAGCUGAUCUGGGCUUUACACUCCUCUCAGCAGCUCAGGCCUUUGAUGUGGCUGAAGAGAGUCACUCCCCAGAGCACAGGUAUGAUGGUGAUUAAAUCACACAUUAAAUGGCUAAUUCAAGAGCUUUAGCAUCCACUUUUGACUAGGUUGUUGGUUUGGUUUUUUUUUCUCCAUAGAAAGCAAAUCAGAAUUAUUCAAGAAUUCACACUAUUAAAAUGAACUGAUAAAAAGUUCUAAGAGUGGAGCAGA